GGAGCUCAGCCAUUCGCACGGCGGUAUCCGAUUGCGAGCAGGUGGUUCAGCGAUCAGCUCAGUGCCCCAGCCCCAGUAGGCAGACACAACACAAUCACACGACGGCUGUUUCGGUUUCGCAGUAGCUCAGUUCGCUGCUUCCUCGAGCUCUCGCCCCGGAGUGUCUACUGUCCAGUCUCGAGUCCAGCGGGGGAUGGAGAGCAGCUUGCUUGACACCGCCGCGGCCGCCGGUCUCUGCCCGGCGGCGGCCGGGCGCCGCCACGCUGGGAGAGCGGCGAGCUUCCUCAGCUGCUCCUGCGCCUCCAGGGACUGCAGAGUGAGCGCGUCCUACUCCCACUCCAUCAGCCGGAUGCUGAGCGGGGUGCGGUCGGCGGCGCGCAAGAAGCUCUUCCGGACCGACCAGGCGGCCGACCUGCUGGGCAUCGCCAACUGGUCGGAUGAGACGAGCGGCGGCGCCGGAGGCCACGGCCACCACCAGCAGCAGCACUGGUGGACGGCGCUGGAGCACAACUUCGUGCUGGAGGCCACCGACGACGAGUACGGCGGGGUCGUCGUCGACGCCGACAGGCUGCCAGACGACAAGGCCGCCUUCGCGCGCUCGCUCGCGGCGUCGCUCUCUUACUGGAAGUCCGUGGGCAAGAAAGGGGUGUGGUUGAAAUUGCCGGUGGAUCGAGCCGAGUUCGUCCCUUUGGCAGUCAAGGAAGGUUUCAAGUACCACCACGCAGAGGAAGCGUACCUGAUGAUGACGUACUGGAUCCCUGAUGAACCGAAUAUGCUCCCAGCAAAUGCUUCUCAUCAGGUUGGAGUCGGGGGUUUUGUGAUCAAUGACCAGAUGGAGGUUCUAGUGGUGCAAGAGAAGUAUCGCGGUUCGUCGCUGGAUGGCGUCUGGAAACUACCCACAGGCUUCAUUCUUGCGUCAGAGGAAAUCUAUACGGGAGCCAGCAGGGAGGUGAAAGAGGAAACCGGGGUUGACACCGAAUUCGUUGAUGUCGUUGCUUUCAGGCAUGCCCACAACGUGGCGUUUCAGAAGUCGGACCUUUUCUUCAUCUGCAUGCUGAGGCCUGUAUCGAGUGAGAUCAAGAUUGACGAGACAGAGAUUCAGGCAGCAAAGUGGAUGGCGCUGGAGGAGUUCGUGAAGCAGCCCUUCAUCCAGGAAGACCACAUGUUCCAGAAGAUCAUGGACAUCUGCAUCCAGCGCCUCCGCAAGUGCUACUGUGGCCUGACGCCGCACCACGUCGUCUCCAAGUUCGACGACAGAACGUCCACGCUCUACUACAAUGUCGCCGAGCCUGAGGACGUCAACUGCAGCGCCACCUGAUAUAUGAUGGGAGAUUGGGAGGGAUAGUCUAGCUUUUGCUGCGCAAAGUUUCAUGAUGCAGCAAUGGCGAUUGCUGAGAGUGAAAUGCUAGCUAGUACGUAGCAGAUUGCGCAAGGCAAUAACAGUGUUGCCAAGCCUGUACAUAUACGUGUAGGGCAUAACAAGCGAGAGCUGUAUAUCGGUAGCUCUGCUCUGUCGUGUGUUCUGAUAAACGAUGGAGCCGUGUUUGAUCGUUUGCGACUUGCGAAACGAAUUCUGCAUCGAAUCAAACGCGGUACUCGAUCGCCCUCACCAUC